UUCACAUCUCUCCUUCACCAUUCUCUUCAUGUUCUUUCUCUCUCUCCCUCCCCUCUUCAAUUUCUUCUUUCCAGAGAAACAUGAAUUCUCUUCAAAAUUUCAAUCUCCUCCCCCAAAACCCCACAUCCUUUUUGUAAUCUAACAUCUCUUUUCCACAUUUUCUUUCCCAACAAACAACCCAACUCCACUUCUCUCUCUCUCUCUCUCUCUCUCUCUCUCUCUCUCUCUCAAAUCUCAAUUUUUGUAAAAUCAUGUCUUCCACCAUUUUCCAAGGUCUCCAAUCAUGCCUUGAGCCUAGACUCAUCGAAAAACGUGUCCUAACUCUACGGUUGGCCUCACCCAAACUGCAGAUUUCUCAUAAAGCGGAUUCCCAAGACAUCAAUUUUGUCAAUGGGUCUCUGUGCAUGCCAGAACCCGAUAUUAAAGAGCUUGAAAAGUUCCCAAGCAAUGCAGCAGAAUACGAAGCAUCCUUAGGUGGAUGGAGUUCCAUCUAUUCUCUUACCAACACCCAGAAAGAGAGUACCUACAAGCCUCCUCUCUUUACUCGGUCUUCGUCCACGCUAAGCGAGAAAAGCCUGGAAUUAUGUACUGAGAAUUUGGGCUGCGAAACUGGAAGUGACAUCGCGUCUGAUGAUGGUUUUAAUUCCUCUCCUCAUACUGACUCAGGGAGGAAGUCUCCACUCCGGUGGGAAGGAAGGAGGCAGCACAAGAACAGUCGGGUCGACCGGUUCCCGCCCCCAUUGACAACAAUUGCUGGUCAAGAUUGCAUCCGUGUGCGGCCCCAACGGGAAGGCGGUAGGUUGGUUCUUAAGGCGAUUCCAGUCCCUUCUCCUCGUGCUUGUUUUCAAGCCGAAAGGAGCGACGGUCACCUGAGGCUUCGGUUUCACUUUGAAACCGAAGCCUCAGAGAAGGAAGUAGACGAAUCAGAUGGAGUGGAAGUAGAACAAGAGGCAGAAAUAGAGAGCGGCGAGGAGAGAAGUGAGGAGGACAUGAAUGAUAAUGAAAUCAACGACGGCGGCGAAAUGGGAAUUGAGAGUUUUCAAAGGCCAAGCAGGUGCAAGGAAGGUGGAAAUGAAGGGUUGGUGAUUUGGGAGCCUUGUUGGGUGGCCACUUCCUAAAAGUCUUUAGGAAUUUUUAUUUCUAAAAAUCACUUGGAGUGCGUUUGGUUGCACCAAAUAUCAUGAAAUUUCAUGAUCAUGAAAUCGGCGCAACCAAACGCGCCUUUUCUCUUUCUAAUUCAGUCCUCUAUGUGUAUUGUAUUUUUGCUCAUCUAUUAGGCUUUGACCUUAUACCUUCUUUUUGUCCCCUUGGUUCUAUUGAGAAGUACUACUCUGAGUAAGAGGUUUGUGA